ACCUUCCCACUACCACUGGAAGUAAACAACAACAAAUACUCUCACUCAAACCUUUACUUUCUCUCUCUCUCUCUCUCUCUCUCUCUCUCUCUAAAAUGGCUACGGCGGCCAGAGACCGAACCUACGACGCGUCGUCUUCUUCCCUCUCAUUAUUCGCCGCCCCGUCGUCCUCCUCCUCCCCGAUUGUCAUAUCCGACCCGCUCGCUUCUGACCCGAACCCGCACCACGCCUUCGGCGGCAGCAGCGCCUCCGGGAGCUUCCAGAACGAGGGCCUCCUGGCCGACAACAACAGCGGCGGCGGCGGCGAGGCGGAGUUCGGGUUCUUGAGAGCCGAGUUCCGGACGAGUCAACUCGCCGGGACGGUGGAGUUUUACGAGAGGCAUGUGUUUUUGUGCUACAAGAACCCGGCGGUGUGGCCGCCGAGGAUCGAGGCGGCGGAGUUUGAUCGGCUGCCGAGGCUGCUGUACGCGGCGGUGAUGGCGAGGAGGGGUGAUAUGAGGAAAGAGACUCGCUUAACAAUAUGUGAAGGGCAUGAUGGAACUGAGACGUCAAAUGGUGAUGUAUUAAUAUUCCCCGACAUGAUCAGAUACAGGAGAUUGACACAUUUUGAUGUUGACACAUUCGUUGAAGAAGUUCUUGUGAAGGAUGGUGAGUGGCUGCCUGGAACUCCUGAAACUCUGAGGGGUUCAUACGUAUUUGUAUGUUCUCAUGGGUCCAGGGAUCGCCGUUGUGGAGUCUGUGGACCUCCCUUGAUCAGUAGAUUCAGAGAAGAGAUAGAUUUGCAUGGUCUACAAGGUAAAGUGUCUGUUAGGCCAUGUUCUCACAUUGGGGGGCAUAAGUAUGCAGGAAAUGUUAUUAUAUUUGGAUCAAGUAUCAACAAAGAAGUCACUGGCCACUGGUAUGGAUAUGUUGCUCCAGAAGAUGUACCUCAAUUGCUUGAGCAACAUAUUGGGAGAGGAGAAAUUGUAGACUGGCUGUGGAGGGGUCAAAUGGGUUUAUCGGAAGAACAACAAAAGAAAUCUCAAGAAUUAAGGCUCCAGCUUAAUGGCGAGUCCAAUGUGGAGAAAACUAGUACAGAGCUGACACAAACGAAUGUAAGGGGGAUGAAUACUGGUCCAUGCAGAUCUCAAGAUGAAUUUGGAGGCUGUUGCCAGGAGAAUGGAAGUAAUUCGUGCUGCCAGAGCACUAUGUUAAUAGAUAGGAUUAGUAGUCCUGAUUCAAAUGCGGUGGCAACACAAGCGACAUCUGAAAAGAAAAAGAGCAGCAGCAAACCACUUUCACAUAGAGGGAAAGCUGCAUCCGCUCGGAAGUUUUGCUCUAUGCCUACAUGGUCUGAGAGCUGGGAGCGGGAAGAUACAUAUGCAGCUUUGGCUAUUGUCUGUGCUGCUGUGUCGGUUGGUAUUGCUUACAGUUGCUACAAACAUUUGAGAUGAACCCAACUCCAAUAUUGUGUUUGACCAUAUUAUAGGUUAGAGUUUCAGUCCCCCUUGUUUCCUCAAAGUUUACAAGAUGGCUUUUGAUACUAGAUCGAAUGGUAAGGUCCCAGCAGAAGAGAAAGAUUUGUGCGGAGAUUAUAGAAGGGAAAAGGGUUGGCUACAUGUGUGCAUAUGUGUAAGAACGGGCGGAAAUACUGGAAUUAUCUUUCAUCUUUCUUUGGAUAUAUAAUUUGUACUUGUGAAUAUAUCAAUGUAUUCUUAUUUAUUG